UCCAUUACGCAGCCUGCUCCUAUACACGUAAACGCCUACAUGCACCGGUCGUGCAUUACAGCCUUUGGAACCGGGUCGGCACCGGCCAGUCCACCCCGGCACACGGACCGGUACCGUCUUUAACCGCCCCAGCGUCGGAACGGACGCGACAGAGCAGGAUCGGCCAGGGCCCCCCCCUCCUUCAUCCCCAGCAGCGAGCCUCGGAUGGCGGCCGAAGGUGCCCGGCAAGACGGCCAGCGCAGGCCUCCGGAGCCCUUUAGGCAGGAGCACAUUAACCCGGAGGAGGCGGGGUGAGCCUUGCUCGGCUGCCGGCGGCAGGAGUGGCUUGCACCGCACCGCACCAGCAGCGCACGGCGUAGGGCUGGGCUGGGCUGGGUUGGCCGUUCGCCGCAAACAUGGCUGCUCAGGAUGAACUCAAUCAGCUGGAGCGGGUGUUUCUCCGUCUGGGUCAUGCAGAAACAGAUGAGCAGUUGCAGGAUAUCAUAUCCAAAUUCCUACCCCCAGUUCUGCUCAAGCUGUCAAGUGUGCAGGAGGGUGUGAGGAAAAAGGUGAUGGAGCUGUUGGUUCACCUCAACAAACGUAUAAAGAGCCGUCCGAAGAUUCAGCUGCCGGUUGAGACCCUGUUAGUUCAGUACCAAGACCCGUCAGCUGCUUCAUUCGUGACUAACUUCACUAUAAUCUACAUCAAAAUGGGCUACCCGCGGCUAGAGGUGGCAAAGCAAUGUGAACUGGCCCCCACCCUGCUCACCGCCAUGGAGGAGAAACCUCAGCCCCAGCAGGACUGCUUGAUGCAUCUGCUGAUCCCGACCUUGUUCCACAUGAAAUACCCAUCGGAACCUUCAAAAGUUGCCUCUCCUUUCAACCUUUUUGAGAAGCCAAAGACGGUCCACUUGCUGUUAGAUUUUAUGCUGGACGUUCUCCUGAUGCCUUAUGGGUUUGUCCUUAAUGAGCCCGCUGGGCGUCCUGCCCCAGCUUCCCCUCAGGCCGGCACGGCCACGGCGGGGGCGAGUACCGGCCAAGGUCUUCCCCAGGCGCCCCCUGGCAUGAGCGUCUAUGCUGUCAAACGUGUCAUUGGAGAAAUCCAGUGGAGCCCAGAGCAACUAGAGCAGUGCAAGUUGGGAGUGGUGAAGUUCAUCGAGGCGCAGCAGGUGCCCGAGGUGGAGACAGUGGUCCACCUGGUCGUGGCGUCCAGCGACACCCGGCACAGCGUCGCCACGGCCGCCGACCUGGAGCUGAAGAGCAAGCAGAGCAUAAUUGAUUGGAACAACCCGCUAAUAAUUAACAAGAUGUUUAAGGUUUAUUUGGGAGACAUUCCUCUCAAAACAAAGGAGCAGGGGGCCGCCGUCAAGCCGGAACUGAAGAGGGAGCCAGUCAGCACAAGGGUCAAACUGAAGAUCCUCCCCCACCUCAUGAGGUCACGAUUGGCGGCAGAGAGCUUUCCUGCUAACAUCCAGGUGGUGUAUGACGGCCUGUUUGGCGCAAACACCAACAGCAAGCUACGUUCUCUGGCCCUGCAGUUUGUGCAUCACAUUUGCGCCGUAUGUCCGGACUCCAACAAGCCUCUUGGCCUCAUGCUUCUGAAUGGUUUGACAAAGCUCAUUAAUGAAUACAAGGAGGAUCCGAAAUUGUUGUGUGUCGCUUACUCUGCUGUGGGGAAGCUGUCCAGCCGAAUGCCACAGCUGUUCACCAAAGACAUUGCCAUCGUCCAGCAGUUCUUCGAAGCGAUGUGUAAGGAGGAGACAGAUGUCAGGCUGGCCAUCCAGGAGGCGCUGUCCAUGAUGGUAGGCGCCUAUGUCCACCUGCAGGGGGCGCUGCUUAACAUCAUGGAGGCCCUGGUCGCCGCCUACAUCGUAAAGCCGGAGGUGCAGGCGCGGCAGGUGGCCAUGAAGUUCGCCAGCACGGUGUUCGCCUCUGACCACGUGCCUUCCAGAUACCUCCUGCUUCUGGCUGCCGGGGACCCGCGUGAGGAGGUGCAUGGGGAGGCUCAGCGCGUCCUGAGAGCUCUGCCACCCCCAGGCGUGGAGAAGGGAGGCGCCAGAUCAAUGCCUUCCUUCCCAGAGAUAGUCAGCUACAUCCAGGAGAAGGCUGUACAGAGGAUGAAGACCCCAGACAAGUGCAUGGUUGGGACCCACACACUUCCCUUUAACCCGUCUGCCUUUGGAGAGAUCAUCCUGUACCUGCGCAUGUGCCUUGCCCACAGUGCAGGGGCCACGCCCACCUCCCAGAGCCUGGCUGACAUGCAGGACAGUGCCCCCGCCAUCGGCCGCUAUGUGCGCAGCCUCCUGGGGCCUGAGCCCCACCCCUCUUCGGCCGCCCUCAAGGCCGGCGACACCAACCCCGUGCAGGUCUACAUGGACCUCCUGCACCAGCUGUUGUCUGCCAUCGGGGGAGUCCCAGUGAUGUACUGUCUCCUAGAAGUGGUGUCAGUAUGUCCUCAAAAGCUGGCGCCCAAGUACGUGGACAAAAUCGACUGGAUCAAGGGCCUGAUGAACACCAACAAGGAGGAGAUGCGUGAGCUGGCGGCUCAGCUGUACGCAGUGGUGGUGUCCACCAUGUCUGGCAAUGAGCUGAAGACGGCCGUCCAGAACCUCGUGAAGAUCACGAAAGAUGCCCAUAGCCCGGAAUCGCAGCACGGAGCCAUCCUGGCACUGGGCUACAUGGUCGGCCGGUACCUGAGCAGAAAGAAAUCUCUGGCGGGGGGAGGUCAGGAACAGGACAUGAGCACCACCCCUUUGGGAGAUGAGGAGCUCAUCUCAUCAGCCACCAAGACCAUUGGCUCGUUCCUGGACAGUAACUCGCCCAUCCUGACGGUGGCAGCGUGCACGGCCCUAGGGGAGGUCGGCCGUAACGGGGCCCUGCUCAUCCCCAGUGAGGGGGAGGGAUUCACCAAGCUGCAUGUGGUGGACAACCUGCUCUCCCGCAUACCUUCUGGCAAGGAGAGUACAAAGAUGAAGGAGCGUGCCAUUCAGACCCUUGGCUUCUUCGCUGUGGGAGACGGGGAGUUUCCUCACCAGAAGAAAGUACUGCAGGGUCUCAUGGACUCAGUGGAGGCAAAACAGGUGGAGCUCCAGUUCACCGUGGCCGAAGCCAUCACCAGCACGGCUGUGGGUACCAGUUCGGGGGCGUCGCGGGACGUCUGGAUGUGCAGCGAAGAGGAGUACACUCCCCCGGACGAUGGGAGAAGCAACGACGUGGUGCCCUGGGUGAUGAACACUAUCCUGGCCAAGCACAUAGUCAGCCAGAACCGCCAUGUCCGGCAGGCCGCCUGCAUCUGGCUCCUGUCGUUGGUCAAGAAGCUCAGCCAGCACAAGGAGAUCAAGUCGCACCUAAAGGAAAUCCAGACCGCUUUCAUCUCCGUGCUGUCCGACCCUGAUGAACUGAGCCAGGACGUGGCAUCCAAGGGUCUGGGCCUGGUGUACGAGCUGGGCAGCGAGCAGGACCAGCAGGAGCUAGUGUCCACGCUGGUGGAAACGCUGAUGACGGGCAAGAGGAUUAAACACACUGUCUCGGCAGACACUGAGGUGUUUCAGGAUGGGUCGCUCGGCAAAGCCCCGGACGGCCAAGGCCUGUCCACCUAUAAAGAGCUCUGUUCCCUGGCCAGCGAUCUGAACCAACCUGACCUCGUGUAUAAGUUCAUGAACCUCGCCAACCACCACGCCAUGUGGAACUCCAGAAAGGGUGCCGCAUUUGGGUUCAACAUCAUAGCGGCAAAGGCUGGGGAGCAGCUCGGCCCGUUCCUGCCCCAGCUGGUGCCCCGGCUCUACAGGUACCAGUUUGACCCCAACGUCGCCAUCCGGCAGGCCAUGACUAGCAUCUGGGACGCUCUCGUCACCGACAAAACCAUCGUUGACAAAUAUUUAAAAGAAAUACUGCAGGAUGUGAUAUCCAACCUCACGAAUAACUUGUGGAGAGUUCGAGAAUCGAGCUGCCUGGCCCUCAAUGACUUAAUACGAGGUAAACAAGCCGAUGAGAUCAUCGACAGGCUCACUGAGAUCUGGGAGACCUUGUUCAGAGUGCGGGACGACAUCAAGGAAUCUGUACGGAAGGCAGCUGAUAUGACACUGAAGACGCUGAGCAAGGUGUGCGUGCGGCUGUGCGAGUCGACGGGCGCGGUGGCCCAGCGUACUGUUGCUGUGUUGCUGCCCGUCCUGUUGGACGUGGGGCUUGUCAGCAACGUGGCCGAGGUUCGCUCCCUUAGCAUCGACACGCUGGUGAAAAUCAGCAAGAGCGCAGGCAGCCGCUUGAAGCCCCACGCGGCCCGCCUCAUCCCCGCCCUGCUCGAGUCCCUCACCGUGUUGGAGCCGCAGGUCCUCAACUACCUGAGCCUGAGGGCCACGGAGCAGGAGAAGACGGCGAUGGAUGCUGCAAGACUGAGCGCGGCAAAGUCUUCCCCAAUGAUGGAGACCAUCAACAUGUGUCUUCAGCAUCUAGAUGUCUCAGUCCUAGGAGAUCUAGUCCCCAAGCUAUGCGAGCUCCUGAAGAGUGGGGUGGGCCUCGGCACGAAGGGGGGCUGCGCCAGUGUCAUCGUGUCCCUGACUGUCCAGUGCCCCCAGGACAUGACACCCUUCUCAGGUAAACUGAUGAGCGCCUUGCUGAGCGGGAUCCUGGACCGGAGCAGCGCCGUGCAGAAGUCCUUUGCGUUUGCUCUAGGGCACGUGGUCCGGGCCGCCAAGGACAGCAGCGUGGAGAAGCUCUUCCAGAAACUCAACACCUGGUACCUGGAGAAAGAGGACGCCACGUACAAGUCGUCGUGCGCUCUGACGGCUAAUGCGAUCAGCCAGUACAGCCCGGACGUGCUGAAGAACCACGCCACGUCCGCACUGCCGCUGGCCUUCCUGGGCAUGCACGAGGCCCCCGAGCAGGACAAGGGCGAGAACUCCACCUGCAGCCUGUGGGCAGAAGUGUGGCAGGACCACGUGCCAGGAAACUUUGGUGGUAUCAGACUGUACAUGGUGGAGCUGAUAGCCAUUACCCAGAAGGCCCUGCAGUCUCAGUCCUGGAAGAUGAAGGCCCAGGGGGCGGCGGCCAUGGCUUCCAUAGCCCAGCAGCAGACGGGCUCGCUGGUAGCCCCACAUCUGGGCAUGGUGCUGAGCGCGCUGCUGCACGGACUGGCUGGCAGGACGUGGGCAGGCAAGGAGGAGCUGCUGAAGGCCAUCGCAUCUGUGGUUUCCAAAUGCAGCGCAGAUCUGCAGAAGCCCACAGCGGGCCAGCCCAGCGUCACAGAGGUCAUCGAGGUCGUGAUGAAAGAAUGUCGGAAAGAGAGCCCUGCCUACAAGAUGGCCGCCCUCCGAUGCGCCGCCGAGGUGCUGGAGUCGACCCAAGAAGACCGCUUCCAGGAACUGGCUCAGAUCCUCUUCCCCCUAAUCCGAAAGAGUUCACCCGCUGGGACGCCAUCGCGGAAAAGCGCUGACCACGAUGACGACGACCCCGAUGAGAAGGCGAGGGAGCUGCAGACGGAGGGUUUGCUCUGCGCCUUCGAGACAUUGGGGAGGGCCUGGCCCAGCACUCCAGGGACCCAGGCACAGUACCAGCUGGAGGUGUGUCGGCUGAUGUGCGAGAGGCUGAAGCUGAGCACGUGGCGCGUUCAGCUGGGGGUUCUGCAGUCCAUGAAGGCCUACUUUCAAGGGCUUUUACUUUUAGGAAAGGAUCCUCCCCCAGGAAUGACGGCGUUGUCUGAAAUCUUAACAGAGACUUGUACUGCUAUUGUAAUUCCUUUAGAAAACAAGAGCUAUUCCUCAGUGAGGACAGAGGCAUUGUCCAUAGUGGAACUACUACUGAAGAAAGUAGAAGAGGGUGGCCACUGGGAGAGCAUGUCGGAGAAGAGCCGAGAGCAGCUCCUGCUUUGUCUUGCUGCCAUGGAGACGGACAGCCGCCCAGAGCUGAAGGAGAAAGCCCUGAAGCUCAGGCAGAAGAUCCAGAACCACCCAUGAGCACUCCCCUCCAAGCACGAUCCGUGUGCACAUCCUACCCAAUCCGCCUCCAUCACGCCGAUGUAACACCUUACCAUUAUUGGUUGUGCCUGUUUAUUUAAAACCGUUUCCCCUUUCUGGGAUAUUGGUACAUCCCAAAUACUUUUUAAAAACUGCAGCAAAGCAGAGUGCUGAUUUUGUGUGAGCGGGAGCGGCAGCUAGGCACCAUGACUGGCGGGUAGAGACCUGCGCACCAAGAAUAUACCGUUUAAAAGCUGAAUGUUUUUUCCUCUUUAUUACAACGAACUUUGUGCCCACAAGGGAUGACUAUUACAGAUGGCCAGUGAUGGAUUUGAUACUAGAAAAUUAAAGUUGCCAAUAGUUCAGCACAGGGAUGUGGGAGUUUGCGAGUUUUACCGAGCGCGUGUUCUGCAUGUCAAAAGGUUUGUGUAUAAAUUAACGUUAAUUUGUGAACUCAUACCGAACCUGGUAAGAGGCAUGCUCUUAUGAAGUUCCCAGUGAAUUUUGUCUUUAACAAGGUGUGAAUAAAAUACUGAGCAAAA